GCUCCACCUCUAUCUCAUCACCUGGGGAAACGAUGCCCAGAAGUGACAGUGCUGACAGCCAGUCUCAGGCCAUCCAGGAAGAGCCCCUCCCAUCCACCAGCAAUGAGGACGAGGACCCAUUUGCAGGCAUUAGUCUGCCUGAGGGUGUGGAUCCUUCCUUCCUGGCAGCUCUUCCUGAGGACAUACGCCGAGAGGUGCUGCAAAAUCAGCUCGGCAUCAGACCACCCGCUCGCCCUCCAGCUGCCACCACUCUGCCUUCCACUGCUCCACCUGUACUGGGAGGCCCAGGGGUCACAGAAGUCAGCCCUGAGUUCCUGGCGGCCUUGCCACCUGCCAUCCAGGAGGAGGUUCUUGCCCAGCAACGAGCAGAGCAGCAGCGCAGGGAGCUGGCCCAACAGCCCACACAGGGAGACACCCCUCUGGAUCCUGUCACCUUCAUCCAGACUCUGCCCUCGGAGCUCCGGCGAAGUGUCCUGGAGGACAUGGAGGACAGCGUGUUGGCCGUCAUGCCUCCGGACAUCGCUGCUGAAGCAGCCGCUCUGCGUCGUGAACAAGAGGCACGCCAGAGGCAACUGAUGCACGAAAGGCUGUUUGGCCAUAGCUCAUCUUCAGCCCUAUCUGCCAUCCUGCGCUCACCAGCCUUCACCAGCCGGCUAGGAAGCAAUCGUGGCGUCCAGUACACCCGACUUGCUGUGCAGAGAGGAGGCACAUUUCAGAUGGGGGGAGGAACAAACCACAGACCAUCCAGCUCCAGUGUAGACUCCUUGUUGCGUCUGCGCGGUCGGUUGCUGCUGGACCACGAGGCCCUGUCCUGCCUGCUGGUUUUGCUGUUUGUGGAUGAACCGAAGCUCAACACAAGCCGUCUGCACCGUGUGCUCAGGAACCUCUGCUACCACUCUCAGACCCGGGGGUGGGUCAUUCGCAGCCUGUUAUCCAUCCUCCAACGCAGCAGCGAGAGUGAGGUGUGUGUCGAGACCACACGUCUAGAAGACUCGCGUGGCAAGAGGGGUGCUCAGGGAGGCUGCGCAGGAAAAGGCUCUGCUACCUCCUCCCUAUCCUCUUCAUCCUCCUCUUCUUCUUCAUCUUCCUCUUCCUCCUUGGAGCUACUGAACAGGGUGGAGUCUCGCAGCUCCAGCCAGCUUUCCUGGCUUUCAGUUUCUAUGGACGCAGCCUUGGGCUGCAGGACAAACAUUUUCCAGAUUCAGCGAGCAUCCGGUAGGAAGCAUGCUGACCGGCAUUCAGCUGGGGGCUCUACAGGGUCUGGAACACUGGGAGCAGUGUCCGGCGCUGCCACAAGUGUCACGUGUGCUGGAGGUGGAGGUUCCACUGUCCACAUCCACCCACAAGCUGCUCCAGUAGUCUGUCGACACGUGUUGGACACACUCAUCCAGCUAGCCAAGGUGUUCCCCAGCCACUUCACCCAGCAGCGCUGCAAGGAUCUGUCAACAUCUUCUUCUGAUCUAGACUCUCGUCUUUGUUCAAUCACCUCAGUGGUUGCAGGUGGGGGCUCCAGGUCAGGGUCUCUAGGUAACCCAAGCUCCAAUGCCUCAAACACCCAGAACUCAUUUGGCACCACUGCCGCUACUCUCCAGUCUCUGGGAAUCUCCACUGAUUUCUGGGACCUGCUGGUCAAGCUGGACAACAUGAAUGUCAGCCGAAAGGGCAAAGCCUCUAUGAAGACAGUGCCUCUGGGGGGCAGUGCAGAGGCUGAGGGGGCUCAGUUAAGCCUGGAGACCUCCCCACUUGGCCAGCUGAUGAACAUGCUGUCCCACCCGGUCAUCAGACGGAGCUCCUUGCUCACUGAAAAGCUGCUACGUCUGCUCUCCCUCAUAUCCAUUGCCCUGCCUGACAACAAGGCCGCAGAGGUGCCUGCUGGACACCCCACCCCACAGGCUGCCAUUCCCACGGCAACCAGCUCAGGAGUCACAGCCCCGGUCACAACACAGGGCGCUGUGUCCACCCUGCCCACUGUGGCAGGCUCAGGGGCCUCUGCGGGGGCAGGAGCCCAGGGUACAUCCUCAGGGACAAGUCUGGCAGCCUCCCAGACAUCCUUAACAUCUAUCUCUAUCCCCACGUCCACUGGAAUCACUUCUACAGGGAAACUGAGGAUGCCUACUAGCUGUAUUGUAGAGAUUGACAACAAGCUGGCCUCCAGUGGACUGACAGAGAAACAGCUUCAGCUCUCUGUGGAGGUGUUGACAUCCCACUCGUGUUCAGAGGAGGGUCUGGAGGAUGCUGCUAACAUCCUGCUGCAGUUAUCUAGAGGAGACGGUUCCACUAGAGACACGGUGCUCCGACUGCUGCUCAGUGGGGCAAGACACCUCGGAUACACUCUUUGCAAACAGAUCGGCACAUUGCUGGCUGAACUUAGAGAAUACAACUUGGAGCAGCAGAGACGGGCACAAGCUGAUUCCCAUUCCCCGGACGCCACCCCUGAGGAUACCUCUCUCACUGGCAGACUGAAGAACAAGAUGACCAGCAGGUUUGACGGAUCCGAGAGUGUGGUCAUUGUGGCUGCACAAAAACGUACACUCGGGGGCCGUGAGCUACAGCUCCCCUGUAUGAGCUCACUCACCUCCAAGACGUCCACACAGAAGUUCUUCUUGCGAGUGCUGCAGGUCAUCAUCCAGCUCCGCGAGGACACACGGCGCGCCAACAAGAAAGCCAAGCAAACCGGCAGACUAGGCUCCACCAGUCUAGGCUCAGCCAGCAGCAUCCAGGCGGCGGUGCGUCAGCUGGAGGCCGAGGCUGACGCCAUCAUCCAGAUGGUGAGGGAGGGUCAGCGGGCCCGCCGGCUUCAACAGGCGCCCCCACCCACCGCCUCUUCUGCAUCUGUCGCCGCCGCUGCCGGAUCCUCAGUGGUGGUCCCCCAUGCCCCCACUGGUGCUGCCCCCCCUGCUGGCACGGCUGCUGCUGCUGCUGCUGCCACGUCUGAAGUGCAGUCAAUGUCAGAAGCCCAGGCGGCCCAGAGAGAUGAAUCUCCCAUGGAUGUGGACCAGCCAUCUCCUCUGGAUCAGGACCCUGCACCUCUGGAUGAGGAUGGAAACAGCCAGUCAGAGGGUGAGGAGAGACUCCCAGACCUCCCGCUGCUCAGCGAGCAGCUGUUGUUGGAUGAACUAUGGGACAUGCUCGGGGAGUGCCUGAAAGAGCUGGAGGAGUCCCAUGACCAGCAUGCCGUACUGGUCCUCCAGCCCGCUGUAGAGGCCUUCUUCCUCGUCCAUGCAACGGAGCGAGAGAGCAAACCCCCAGUGAGGGACACCCGGGAGAGCCAGCUUUCUCACAUCAAAGAUGAGCCCCCACCACUGUCCCCAGCCCCCCUGACCCCGGCCACACCUUCAUCCCUAGACCCAUUCUUCUCCAGGGAACCAUCCUCUAUGCACAUCUCUUCCAACCUGCCACCGGACACCCAGAAGUUCCUCCGCUUUGCUGAAACUCACCGCACAGUGCUUAACCAGAUCCUGCGCCAGUCAACAACUCACUUGGCUGAUGGGCCUUUUGCAGUUCUGGUCGACUACAUUCGCAUCCUGGACUUUGACGUUAAGAGAAAGUACUUCCGGCAGGAGUUGGAGCGACUGGAUGAAGGGCUGAGGAAGGAGGACAUGGCUGUGCACGUGAGGAGAGAUCACGUGUUUGAGGACUCCUACAGGGAGCUGCAUCGCAAGAGCCCAGAGGACAUGAAGAAUAGGCUGUACAUUGUGUUUGAAGGGGAGGAGGGCCAGGAUGCCGGCGGCCUGCUGAGAGAGUGGUACAUGAUCAUCUCCCGGGAGAUGUUCAACCCCAUGUACGCUCUGUUCCGCACAUCGCCAGGCGACCGUGUCACCUACACCAUCAACCCCUCAUCCCACUGCAACCCCAACCACCUCAGCUACUUCAAGUUUGUGGGUCGUGUGGUGGCCAAGGCAGUCUAUGAUAACCGGUUAUUGGAGUGCUACUUCACCCGCAGCUUCUACAAACACAUCCUGGGCAAGAGUGUCAGGUACACAGACAUGGAGAGCGAGGACUACCCAUUCUUCCAGGGCUUGGUGUACUUGUUGGAGAAUAAUGUGUCAACGCUGGGCUACGAGCUGACAUUCAGCACAGAGGUCCAGGAGUUUGGAGUGUGUGAAGUGAGAGACCUCAAGCCAAAUGGAGCCAAUAUCCUGGUCACAGAGGAAAACAAAAAGGAGUAUGUGCACCUGGUCUGCCAGAUGAAGAUGACAGGUGCAAUCCGCAAGCAGCUGGCAGCGUUCCUCGAGGGAUUCUACGAGAUCAUCCCCAAGAGGCUGAUCUCCAUCUUCACCGAGCAGGAGCUGGAGCUGCUCAUCUCCGGCCUGCCCACUAUUGACAUCGACGACCUGAAGGCCAACACUGAAUAUCACAAAUACCAGGCCAGCUCCAUCCAGAUCCAGUGGUUCUGGAGGGCCUUGCGCUCCUUUGACCAGGCAGACCGGGCUAAGUUCCUACAGUUUGUCACCGGCACGUCCAAGGUUCCCCUUCAGGGCUUCACUGCUCUGGAGGGCAUGAACGGCAUCCAGAAGUUCCAGAUCCACCGCGACGACCGCUCCACCGACCGCCUGCCAUCCGCUCACACCUGCUUCAACCAGCUGGACCUCCCAGCCUAUGAGAGCUACGAGAAGCUGAGGCACAUGCUGCUGUUGGCCAUUCAGGAAUGCUCAGAGGGAUUCGGACUGGCUUAAAUAUGAGACUCUUAAUACACGCAGACAUGCAUACAAACACUUGAUUUAGAUUUGCCUACUCCUGACACAUUCACACUGAUAACCUUUGAAUGCACACACACACACACACAGACACAUACACACACAUACACACACCACACCUCGUACACAUACCACACCUCGUACACACACUCACACACUAUCAUAGAUCUUACUGGAUUUCUUGUUGACCGGCCUAAACUUACUGGUUUCUAUUCCAUAUUAAACAGAUAAAACCAGCAAGUGAAAUGGACUGAUUGACAUUGCGUACAACACAGAGAGCCUCAUGUUGACACAGUUGUGUCUCCCUUCCCAAUUAAAUGGCGAAUGCAAGAGCGGAUUCAGAGGAUAAAACAUGGACUAAUAUAAGAGACGUUUUCUUCAUAUAGUUUGAGUUCUCUGUACAAAAGGUUUGGGAGUUUAUUAUGUUUAAUCUUUUUUGUUCUCUGGUUGUGUAAAAAGAAAAAAAGAGAAUGUUGUUUGAACAGGAUGGUUAUAAAACCUUUGGGGAAAAAUGUUUGUGGUUUCUUGUUGCAAAUUUGUGCCCUCACAAGCCUUGGUGCUGGGGAACAUUUGGGGUAUAUGAACAACUUGAGAAGUUUGAGAUAUUCACAAAAAUGCACUUUUCAAAAGUUGUGGCAUUUCUAUGGAAGGAUGGUUAAAAAAUGAAGAGAGAACCUGAAGAAGAUUAAAAAAAAAACAUUAACCAUAAAUCUAGAGUAUUUUUGGCUAUUAAAUCGCUGACCCGGCCUUGGGCCUUUGAAUCAGAGUGGAAUAACUACAUGAAUAAAUGCAUAAAAUUG